UUAACACCGAAGGCCAGAAAUGCCCAAAUAAAGAAUGUAACAGAGUAAAUCCCAACUACAUUCAUCCAAGGAUAGUAAAGGAUGAAGAAGAUCAUUUUUCAUUCUACAUAGAAUAUCCGGAGAUUGGGGGAGCACCAAAAACUGGACAUGUUAGAAGAGGACUCAAAAAAUCAAAAGAAAAUAAGAUCAGAUUAUAUCCUGACACUAUAAAAGCUAUCUUAGAGAGAAUACCCGAUGAUGUAGUAAAAGAGCUUGGACGGGGAGAGGCUGGACAUCCACGCAAAUUAGUUUUACGGGGCAUUAAUAUUCCUCCAGUAUCUAUCCGUCCGGGCGUUAAAAAUUAUGGAAAUGGAAGUAGUAGCUACCACGAUAGCUCCACAUUAUUACAAAGUAUAGUAAAAAGUAAUAGUAAGCUUCCUGAUCAAUUACCAGAAACUAUGGGAUCCAACGGGCCGGGAACUGAGCCUGCGAUUAUAGAUCAGAACUAUCUUAGUAUACAAAACCAGCAGCUAUAUUAUUAUAGCUUGAUCAUGGGUUCCACUCCUUCCGAUGUGACAAAAGGAAAUACAGGUCGGAGAGGAUUAGUAAUAGGUAGCAGACCACUAAAUGGCUUCUUACGCAACCUCCCACGAAAAGAUGGGCAUAUCAGAAUGAAUCUUCUAGGAAAGAGAGUAUUUUACAUCAGUAGAAGUACGAUCAGUGGGAACAUGAAAUUACGAAUUGAUGAGAUUGGGAUUCCUAUAUCUUUUGCCAGGACCUUACAAGUGGAAGAAACAGUCCAAGAAUAUAACAGAGAUUGGCUUAUGCCUUUCUUCUUGAAUGGUCGUAAGCAAUAUCCUGGCUCAACUCGAAUUAAAAAACAUUCUACUGGAGAAGUCCAUGAUGUGGCAGGUCUUCGAGAUUUCCGCCUGGAAAUAGGAGACAUUCUUUUCCGGGAUGUAGUCAAUGGCGAUCUAGCUUUCUUUAAUC